AAUUAGAAGAAACCCCACCCCGCCCCCAUAUUUCAUCAACCAAACCAAAAUUCCCAACUAAAAUUUAGGUUUUGGAUCUUAUUCUAAUAUUUAAUAAUUAUUUGGGGUUUAGAUUAGAUAGUGGAGGGUGGCAUAUAUUGAAGAGGUAGGUUAGAUUAAAGAGAGAGGCUCAAAGCAUGCUCACUUCUCAUCACCUUCCGGGGAACUUCCUUGAGCUUCAAAAUAACACCCUUCCAUAUCCAAAAUCUUCACAACAUCACCCUGUUUGGCUUACAAGGAACAAUUUCAUCAUCCUCACCCCUCUUCGAUCCAAAGGCUAGGAUUUCAUUGCCUUUUCACCUCCGAUUGCAGAUCAAUAUGGGGCUGAGUUCCAAAGAGGUUUCCAGUAGGUGGAGCCAAUCCUUGUUGCAGGCUCAAACUCUGGAGUUGCCCAAAGCAAUGAAGAGGCAGCAGCAAUCUGAGCAGCUCAAGUGUCCCAGAUGUGAUUCUAGCAACACCAAGUUCUGUUAUUACAACAACUAUAACAAGUCUCAGCCUAGGCAUUUCUGCAAGUCUUGUAAAAGACACUGGACUAAAGGUGGCACUCUCCGCAAUGUUCCUCUUGGUGGUGGCCGCAAAAACAAGCGCUUUAAGACCACGUCCAAUACCAACACAGCUUCCGCUGCCACAACUACCAAAACAAGUAUUGCCUUCAAAACCUCAACUGCUUCUGCUGUUAACAAUAACUUCAUGGCAAUUCAUCCGUCACAGAAACAAAGGCGGGAUCUUCAGCUUCCACUUGCUGACCAAAAGAACAUAUCGAGUAUGCAAUUUCCGGUGAUGGGUCGUCCAGUUCCAUCAUCUUCAUCGUUUCUGCAGAAUCCUCUCAAUUGCAGCAACUUGGACAGCAAAAGUUUCAGUACAAGCAAUGGUGUGAUUCUGGGUUCGACUUCAACAGCCCCGUCGUUGCCUCAAACUCAAGCCUUACAAUUCCCAUUUUCAAGUUCAAACUCAACUUCUUUUGAAACGAUGUCAACAACAUUUCAAUCUUCAUGUAUCUAUAACUACACUGGUGAAACAAUGGAUGAUCCAACCAUCACCAGCAUCAUCAUGCCAACCCCAAGUGCCACUAUUUCACACACAUGGCAAGUACCUAUCACGAGCAGUGACAUGGACAUAGCAAAUUAUUGGAAUUGGGACGAUAUUGAUGCACUUGUCUCUACUGAUCUCAACAUACCAUGGGAUGAUUCCGAGAUCAAACCAUGAAGAUGUUUUAACCAUAUAUCCAUUCUCUUAUAGUAUUUUUUUCUUGAUUUGGGUUUUCUAAUUUGAUGAAGGGCGUUCUUUUUUUUUUCUUUGGGUGUUUAUUUUCCCUUUCGUAAAUUGAUCAUUACCAUGUAUAAUCUCCCCUUUCAACUUGUAACUGAUAAAAAUGACGAAGCUGCCAUUUUUUUCCUCAAAUUCAGCUUCUGGGUGAUGGUGUACAUUUUGUACUCUACCUCUUAUAAUAUAAUGCGAGAAUAUAUAUCUAUGAAUGUGUAUUU